CUUCCCCCUGCUAGAUCAGCUGCUUUAUUCUAAUUGACCCAGACUUUUAAAUUUUUCUGUUCUAUAGUAAAUGCCUGAAGUGUACACAGAGGGUUUAAUGAGGGGCAGGGCAAAUGAAUGGUAGUGCAUUCUGGUAAUUAUGUAGGGCCUAUUCUUUGUGCAGCUGAUAACCUGGUAAUCAAAGGUACAUUUGCAAUUUAAGCUGGUUUCCAUACAAGACUGUUCCUUGAAUAGAUUAUUUCUUUCUUGAACUUAUAUAAAAUGGGCCUUAUUUAGAAUUACUGCUAAUUACCAGUAUAUUCGUGUGCUGAUAAAUUUUUUUAGCCGUAACUUGCUUUUGGAAGGCGUGGGAGAAUUUCCUGGAGGCUUGAGAAGAAGGUGAUUCUUUUCCAAAUGGUCAAUUCUGAAGCAGAGGAAAAUGUUUAUUUCAUUUCUAUGUUCUUAGGUACUGUUAAAUACAGUUGCUAAUGGAAUAAUUUGGAUUGAAAGUACUGUGGGUUUUUUCACGUACAGCCUACACUCUCAGAUUGUGAUUUGGAGUCUUGGAGAAUUCAGAGUCUUUCCACAAUGGGAGAAAGGACAGAUUGUACGAAGUCACAUAGUUCACUGGCUGAAUACAGCCCCGUCAGUAAAUCAGACAGGACAGAUCCAAGUGACAGCUGUGAAAUGCAGGAUGGAAACCAAAAUACAAUGCAACUGAAGAAAGAAAUAUCUUUGAUAAAUGGGAUAAGCCUUAUAGUAGGCAACAUGAUUGGUUCAGGUAUCUUUGUCUCUCCCAAAGGAGUUCUCAUCUACAGCAAAUCUUAUGGAUUGUCUCUAAUAAUUUGGGCAAUCGGAGGGAUUUUUUCAGUCUUUGGAGCUCUCUGCUAUGCUGAACUUGGAACCACUAUUACAAAGUCAGGAGCCAGCUACGCGUAUAUCUUGGAGUCUUUUGGGAGCUUCAUUGCUUUUAUUCGUUUGUGGACCUCACUCCUAAUUGUUGAGCCAACUAGUCAGGCGAUUAUCGCUAUCACCUUUGCUAACUAUAUAGUUCAACCUUUCUUCCCUUCUUGUGAUCCUCCAUAUUUGGCUUGCCGUCUCAUAGCAGCUGCUUGUGAAUGUCUUCUAACAUUUAUAAAUUGUGCCUACGUUAAAUGGGGAACAAGGGUGCAGGAUAUAUUUACUUAUGCUAAAGUUACUGCUCUUAUUGUCAUCAUCGUAACUGGACUUGUUAAAAUAUGCCAGGGACAUUCAUCGCACUUUGAGAACUCUUUUGAGGGAUCCUCUUUUGAUAUCGGAGACAUUUCCCUUGCUCUCUAUUCUGCCUUGUUCUCUUACUCUGGUUGGGAUACGCUCAAUUUUGUAACAGAAGAGAUCAAAAACCCAGAAAGGAACUUGCCACUGGCUAUUGCAGUGUCUAUGCCAAUUGUGACUGUUAUCUAUAUUAUGACCAAUAUAGCUUACUAUACAGUGCUGGAUGUCGAAGCCGUUCUUUCUAGUGAUGCUGUGGCAGUGACGUUUGCUGACCAGGUAUUUGGUAUCUUCAGCUGGACAAUUCCCAUUGCUGUAGCCUUUUCUUGUUUUGGUGGACUUAAUGCUUCAAUUCUAGCAUCAUCAAGGCUAUUUUUUGUAGGAUCUCGAGAAGGUCACCUUCCUGAUCUGUUGUCUAUGAUCCACAUAGGGAGGUUCACACCUGUGCCAGCACUGCUCUUCAAUUGUGCUAUGACCCUUAUUUACCUGGCUGUGGAAGAUGUCUUCAAGCUUAUUAAUUACUUCAGUUUCAGUUACUGGUUUUUUGUUGGUCUGUCUAUUGCUGGGCAAUUAUAUCUGCGUUGGAAGGAACCAGAUCGACCCAGGCCUCUUAAGCUAAGUUUGGCUUUCCCAAUAAUAUUCUGUAUAUGUACAGUAUUUCUGGUGGUAGUGCCACUCUAUAGUGACACUAUAAAUUCAUUGAUUGGAAUUGCCAUUGCUUUAUCUGGAAUUCCAGUCUUUUUCUUGGGAGUCUAUUUACCUGCAUCAAGGAGACCUCAGUUUAUCAACAAGAUUUUGGGUGCAGUCACACGAAACAUGCAGCUGCUCUGUUACUGUGUUUUAACAGAGAUGGACACAAAUGAAGAAAAGAAGUUAUAAAUCAAAUCCAACUAAAUUUCAAAGCCAUUACAAGAAACAGGAGGGAGGAUAAAGCAAUUAUGACAAAAGGGAAGAGAUGGAACUGGAAAAAACAAGAAAACGGUUUCCAGUGGUCUUUCAGAAACACUGAGAACGUAUUUACUUGCAGUUGGAUUCCCAUGUAGAUUGUGCCCUCGCAUCACCCUCCUAAACUGUGGCAUAUUUUCAGGGCAUGUUGUCAUUGGAUAAUGAUUACCUACUCAUUUCAGGCACGCAAGCUAUGCGUCAAUACUGUUCCUUCUUCAGAAUUGGUAUUAAAAUGGUAAGAGCUAAUGGAUCAAAUUAGAUUUCUGCAGAACCAGGCGGUGAAGUAAUGCAUUUUUAAGUUAGACUGAAAACCAUUUUGACUCAAAAGACCAAAAGUCAUUUCCAGCUUAAUUCUGAUGGAUGUUUGCAUGAAAUGAUUUGCUGUGCUAUCUCAGUUCUUAUCCCAGAAGACAACUGGUCACAACGAACUACCUAAUUUGUCAUUAUUAGCAGAAAAAUGAAUAAAGGUGUGCUACAUUA